AUGAAAACCAGCACUCAACCAAAACUUCUCACUUUCAAAUACGUGUUUCUCUCUCUCCUUCUCGCUCUCCCCAUUCUCCUUCUUGUCCUCCGUCUUCAACCUCAAAACCUCCGCUGGACCGCCGCCGCACCAGGUGACAUCCGCCUGCCAACCGUACCCAACAUAACCACCCGAGGCAUCCGAAUCCGACCUGGCUACACCUCGUACGAAGCCUACAUCGAGCGCCAGGUCAACAAGACCCUCAACCCUAGGCUGCGACAAGUUUGGAUCACCCGCGACUGGGACCGGAAGAUCAAAGUCUUCUCCCAAUUCUUUCAGCACCUAAAGCGCCGGAGCCUCCUCUCCAACGACUCCAAAUCCCUCUGCAUCGGCGCACGAGUCGGCCAGGAGGUCGAGGCGCUGCGCCGAGUCGGCGUGUCCGACUCAGUCGGCAUCGACCUCGUGCCCUACCCGCCGCUGGUCGUGAAAGGGGACUUCCACAACCAGCCCUUCGGCAACGACACCUUCGACUUCGAGUUCUCCAACGUGUUCGACCACGCGCUGUUGCCGGACAAGUUCGUUGCGGAGAUCGAGCGGACGUUGAAGCCACGUGGCGUCUGCGUUCUACACGUGGCGGUUGCGAGGCGGACGGAUAAGUACUCGGCGAAUGACCUGUUUAGUAUCAAGCCGUUGGUGGAGAUGUUUCGGAGGUCUGAGUUGGUUCAGGUUAGGGAGAUUGACGGGUUUGGGGCUAACACGGAGGCGGUUUUUAUGAAACGGGAAACGGGAUACGGGGAACACAUCCAACGGUCUUGA